AUGAAUCGAGACCAGAAGGCCCGAGGCAUCGUCCGCGCCGCCGUUACGAGGCUCAUUCAUCGGCUCGAAGCCCUCUCCAGUAGUGAUGAGCCCUCGCUCCCCGAAGUGGAAGAUACGGCGCGUCUCCUUGAGCAGAAGUCUAGGGAGCUCAAGGAUCUCGACACAACCGUUCAAGCAGGAAUAAGCGACGAGCAGUUCGAGGAAGAUUUCACAGCGGCCAGUCGGUAUCAGGACGACAUCUGCCUCGCGGUUUCCAAGGCCCAACGCCUCAUACGAAGCUCUGCGGUUGCUCCCACAGCUCUCUCCGAUCAACGGCCGCAAACUGCACCUUCAAUAGCCGCCGGUAGCCACCAGUCAGCCACGGUUCGGUCCGUCGUUCUUCCCAAGUUGCACGUGCCGGCAUUCUCAGGCAAGGUGGAUGAUUGGCAGGGAUUUUGGGACCACUACCGGACAACGAUUCAUGAGUGUGCUGCCCUGCCAAAGAUAGAGAAGUUUAAAUAUCUUCUCUCUUAUCUGUCCGGACCUGCUAGGCGAGCCAUCGAAUGGAUUGGGAUUUCUGAUUCCAAUUACGAUACGGCCAUCAGUACACUGCAACAAAGAUUCGGACGACAGGCAGCACUCGUGGACGCACACAUCGACAAGCUCUUAAGUCUUCAUCCUGUAGCAGCUGCGAAGGACGUCGAGAAGCUGAGGGAUCUCUACGACUCAAUCAAGUUCAGAACUGGCUGCCUCAACAACCUCGGCGUUCCCCAAUCAACUUACGCGGUGAUACUGCAUCGCGUUGUGAUGCGCUGCCUUCCUGAGGAGCUGGCCGUCGAGUUUCGGCAACGGCAGAUCGAGCGCGCUGAGUCGACCGGCCCCACCACCGGAUCCACUGCCUCACAGUCUGUUACGAGCGACAUCCUUACCGCAGAACGGAUCAAAGCCGUCGAAGACGUAAUGAAGUUUUUUCGUAGUCACAUAGAAAGUCGAGAAGACUGCCGCCUCGCCCAUCGCAAGCCUCUCGCACGUGAAUCUUCAGACUCCUUCAGUGAUGCUCCCCCGACAGCCUUGUCCUUAACCGCACGAUCGACACCGACAAGCAGUCCUCCACGGAGUUGCCCGCUAUGCAACAGCACUGCCCAUGGGAUAACGGAAUGUCAAGCCACGCUUCCUCCGUCUGAGAAGCGAAGGCUUCUCGCGGCCAAUCGCUGCUGCUUCAAAUGCGGCAAACGCAACCAUUUAGCGCGGGAAUGUCGAUCGUCGAGAUCACUCACAUGCAUGACAUGUCGUGGGCACCACCUUUCGCUGCUUCACGACAUUCAACCAAGCCGUCCUGAUCGCUCUCCGGCCGCCGUCAACGCCGUCCAUACCCCCGACCCGGGAAUACAGAUCCAGAUACCCAACCGGGAGCACCGAGACAUUUCAAGCGCAUCCAAUUCACCGGUGACCACAGCAGCGUGCCUCCGACGAACUCAGUUUGUUUUGUUGCAAACUGCUCGAGCUUUCGCCAUCGGAAACACCGGCACUAGUCUUGUUCGGGUGCUCUUCCACACCGGCAGCCAUCGUUCCUAUAUCCGUCAAGACGUCGCCACACAGCUCCAAUGCCCAGUUCUUGGCACGGAGAGCAUAACCGUAUACACCUUUGGGCGUAGCAAGACUCCAACAACGUACCAUUGUCGGAGGGUGACCUUGACGCUCAGGAGCCAGUACAAUCCAGAAACAAUUACUUUCGAGGCACUAGAAGUUCCUGAGGUCUGUGCGGUUACCAAUCACUCCUUGGACGCAACACUCUUGAAUGAGAUGCACGACCUGGGUCUGGACAUCGCCGAUGCAUCGUCUCCCGCAGACCCCGUCGAUGCGGUCAUCAGCAUUCUGAUUUGGUCGGACGUUUACUGGACGAUGGUAACCGGCAGCAUUCGACGUCUCCGACCGGAUCUAACAGCUGUGGAAACCUGUCUCGGAUGGGUGAUUCACGGAUCCUAUCCUCACUCCACAUCUGCUCCGUCUACACUGAGAUGUGGAAGCUGGACACCCUUGGAAUCACUGACCUUGUCGACGGGAAAACUCAGUCACCCAGCGCAACAACAGUUCGAAGAUUAUGUCACGUUUCAGGGAGACCGGUACCAGGUACCACUCCUCAUCAAGCCCUCUUGCUGUGGAGUCUUAGCUGAUAAUCGCUGCAUCGCGCAGACGAGACUACUCUCGCAGCUUCGGCGUCUUCGAGACCAUCCGGAUCUCCUAAAGCAGUACCACGACACGAUUUCCAAAUAUUUCCUCGAAGGCCACGCAGAGAAAGCCCCGGAGGUACCUCAGGAGAACCUCUACUAUCUUCCUCACCAUGCUGUAAUCCGGAAGGAAGCAGUGACAACAAAGGUUCGCGUGGUAUUCGACGCUUCGUCACACGUCAGCGGUGCCCCAUCGUUAUACCAAGUACUGCAGAAGGGGCCCAACAUCAACGCAGACUUACUGCUUCAGUUGGUGUCCUUCCGUUGUUAUCCUAUCAUUCUCACUGCGGAUAUCCGGAAAGCGUACCUGCAGAUCUUAAUUCGUCCCGAAGACCGCGACGCAUUGCGUUUUCUGUGGCCAGAAGACCUUCCAUGUCCAGAAAACCCAUGCCCCCAGAUCCAGGAAUGGAGAAUGACGCGUGUCCCAUUUGGAGCCGCAUCUAGUCCGUUUCUCCUAGCCGCCACACUCCGUCACCACUUCGAUAGUGUACAACAUAAGUACCCAGCGGCUACAGAGCGCCUUCGACACGCUUUCUACGUGGACGACCUCAUCGUAGGAGCUACAUCAGAAGAAGACGCGCUUCAGAUUUAUCGUGAGGCAGUCACGAUGCUGCAAGAAGCUGGCAUGGACCUCCGCAAGUGGUGUUCCAACUCGCCGACCCUCAGCCGUCAAUUCUGCCAAGACGGCGUCGCGUACGAUACAGUGAGCAGUCAGGAGACGGUGAAGGUCCUCGGGUUGCACUGGCAUCGUUCCACCGACGAAGUUACUUUCACUAUGAAUGGCAUCUCGUCCUAUCUCGCCAACCAGCCCAUCACGAAGCGCACCAUUCUUCACGGCGUGGCGCGGAUAUUCGAUCCACUCGGAUAUCUCUCACCGUUCACAAUACGAGCCCGCUUAGUCUUCCAGUCGUUAUGGGCACGCGAUCAAGGAUGGGAUGAUGCAUUGCAAGCCCCGCACCUCAUGCAGUGGGCGGACUGGUGUUCCGAGCUACCGCACUUAAACUCGAUACGUCUGCCGCGCCUUCUGCCUUCGUCGUCGACUUCAUCGGACGGCAACGACGAGAUCCAUGUGUUCGCUGACGCCAGCCCCCGCGCGUAUGGAGCUGCAAUCUAUCUACGCACGUUCGAUCCACAGGAACAGUGGACCGCAUCCCUUCUCCUUGCCAAGGCACGUGUAGCACCGGUCAAGAGUGUCUCUCUUCCGCGCCUGGAACUCCUCGCGUGUUUCAUCGCUGCGCGGCUGGCUGCGCAUGCACGAAAGAUGCCACUACUCUCUCCGCUGCGUACGGAGUUCUGGACAGACUCCACCGUCGCACUCCACUGGAUCACAAGCGCACAGUACCGGACACCCGUCUUCGUUCAAAACCGUGUGAACGAAAUUCGCCGGUUGACAACAGACUCCGCAUGGCACCAUUGUAAGAGCCGGGACAACCCAGCAGAUCUUCUAACUCGCGGGAUUUCUGCUCUGAAUAUAGUCCAAUUGCCGGGAGUAGACAUCUUUACUAGUUUGAACCGCACCGGCUUUCUGCGCAUCGCCUACAGAACGAGUCUCUCUGGUGGCAUGGAGCUCCAUGGUUGUCUCAGCACCGCGAUAACUGGCAUUCCGAGUGGUCCGAUCAUCCUCCGUCGCCACCACCGAGCACUGAGGACGCUCCUCUACCAUCAAUGUGCAACGCUGCGUCAGCAGUACGUCCUCCGCCUGUGUUCAGCUUAG